GGUGUUCGUCGUGCGCUCGUGCCGCCGCUUCUCGAACCGUCACCGUUACAGCAACGGUUGAUGCUUGCUUGCAGACACAUUCACACCAGGUUUGCGUGAGCACUUAUCUCUUGAAGAGUCACAACGCCUUGCUGUGCGUCCAGUCUGGGUCACGAAGGGCCGCGAGCAGCCUGGCGCAAGGAUAUGACGAGCGCGAUGCGGCAUCGACACUCUCGACUCUCCGACAAAGAAUUGUGAAACGAAAUGCAAAUGGUCGACAUCGCUUGCCUGUUUUGCGUCAACAUUAACCGUGACAUCAGGAAGCCUGCCGCAAGGAGGAGCUGAUUUCGAUAGUCUGCGUGAUGCAUUGCGCAUCACCGAGUGCGAGCAUACACACCGCUACGAUAGGAUCUCGGCGGCGCGGAGCGCGACUACGCCACUCACUAGAGGCCACACACAGGCACUUUGAUGACGCUUUCCAUCAUAUGAAUGGAGUCACGCUCAGCACGCCUUUUCCCCAGUCACCGCCACCUCGUUCGGCGUCUUAUGAUGGCUACCGUCAAGGACUCAGUCCACAGCCACGAGGCCACUCGUCAGCCGACAAGAAGCCUUCUCCCUUCUUUUUCGGUACUCGAAGAAGACACGCCUCUCAUCUUUCGGCAGCGUCGCACUUGUUCCGUAACCCCAAGCCGGUCAGUCACGGUCUUGUGGGGCUCGCGUCUUUGCAAGACCUGCUGGGAUCGCAUUCGGUGUGGGCUUCAACGGUGGCGACGAUGUGCGUUGGCGCCGCAUUCAUCCGAGGACAUGAGAGGCGGCAGGCUGUCGAUAUCAAGCGCUGUGGUUCGCAUCGAGCGGGUGGCGUGUCAACGCCUCUUGAGAGCGCCCAGCACGGGUCUUUCAAUCUUGGGCAGCAUCAACAUUACUAAGCAGGCUUCCUCGAGCACCACCACCCCACUCGCGUCUGCUGGCAGUUCUUGCCUUCUUCAGUUCGCAUUGCUUCGUGUAUUUCUCUUCGAUCCCCGCAGUAACAGCGUCAUGCCCUGUUCAAGCACCUUCUUCCUGGUCACAGCAGCAGCUUUCGCUCUGCUGAUUGUCGGGAGCUGUCAUACAGCGAGAGCUCGCCG